AUGCCUCCGCCACAAUCACGAUCAUCAUCUUGGUCGAAAUUUUUAAAACGACUCAAUCUACAAUUCAAACAAUGUUUUCAUUUAUCUUUCUACAAGAAUCUUCUUUUAAAUCCAAAGAAAUCGAUUUAUAUCAUGAGUGGUCUUUUUAUUUUGGAAGUAUUUCUAAAUAUUCUUAUUGUAAGAAUAACAAAUUAUACAGAAAUCGAUUGGAAAGCAUAUAUGCAAGAAGUGGAAGGUGUUGUAAAUGGUACAUAUGAUUAUUAUCAAUUGAAAGGCGAUACGGGACCGCUUGUUUAUCCAGCUGGUUUCGUUUACAUUUAUCUAAUAUUUUAUUAUAUAACAAAUUUUGGCAAUAAUGUUCGUCUUGCACAAUACAUAUUUGUUGGACUUUACUUGAUUAUGAUCUCAGCUGUUUUCUACAUCUAUAACCGAAAUGCUAAGGUGCCACCUUAUGCAUAUAUAUUUAUGUGCUUAUUGGCAUAUCGUAUUCAUUCAAUUUUUGUUCUUCGACUUUUCAAUGAUCCUAUUGCAAUGACAUUUUUAUAUAUUUCAUUAGCUUUUCUACUUCGUCGACAAUGGACUGUUGCUUGCAUACUUUAUAGCUUGGCCGUAUCGAUUAAAAUGAAUAUUUUAUUGAUGGCACCAGGACUUUUUUUUAUUCUUCUACUUUCGGUGGGACUUGGUCAAACAUUCAAAUAUAUAUUCUAUUGUGGUUUAUUACAACUCAUAUUUGCCGUACCAUUUCUUUUGUCAAACCCUACUGCUUAUAUUGUUCGCUCAUUCGAUCUUGGCCGACAAUUUUUCUAUAUAUGGACUGUGAAUUGGCGUUUAAUACCUGAACAUAUAUUUCUUAAUCGUUAUUUUCACUUAACCUUACUAUUGUUACAUAUAAUAGUUUUAUUGUAUGUGUGUCGAUAUCAAUGGUUGAAAGAUAUUAAAAAAAUACAAGACAUUUUUAAUUACCAUCAUAACUAUAUUUUAUCCGACGAUACCAUUAUAACAUUGAUGUUCUAUUCGAAUUUUAUUGGUAUUUGUUUUUGUCGUUCACUUCAUUAUCAAUUUUAUGUUUGGUAUUAUCAUAUGUUAUUUCAUUUAUUAUGGAGUACGAACUCAAACGACAAAGUUAAUCUUCUAAUACUUGGUCUAAUUGAAUUGUCAUGGAAUAUGUAUCCAUCAACAUUUGUUAGUAGUUUAAUUUUGCAUAUUUGUCAUGGAUAUAUUCUUAUUAAACUGGUUCAAUCACUCACAACACAAGCAAAUAUGCCAAAAUCAGGAAAAAAAGUGAAAUAA